UUUCCUUCUCCCCUAGUAAGCCCUCAUCUUCAUCGUCGAUUUUCAAUCUCCACCGUUCCAUCUUCAACCCUAACCCUAAUUUCCUCUCCGAUCACCGUUCUCAGCCAUGGUCUGCAUACGCAAAGCAACCAUUAACGACCUUCUAGCCAUGCAAGCCUGCAAUCUUUUUUGCCUCCCGGAGAAUUACCAGAUGAAAUACUAUUUCUACCACAUUCUUUCUUGGCCUCAACUACUUUACGUCGCCGAAGAUUACAACGGCCAGAUCGUCGGCUACGUUUUGGCUAAAAUGGAGGAAGAAAGCAACGAGUGUCAUGGCCAUAUUACCUCCCUUGCUGUGCUUCGUACUCAUAGGAAGCUCGGUUUAGCUACUAAGCUCAUGAAUGCGGCUCAGAACGCCAUGGAACAGGUUUAUGGAGCGGAAUAUGUCUCCCUUCAUGUGAGGAAAAGUAACAGGGCUGCUUUCAAGUUGUAUACCGAGACUUUGGGGUAUAAGAUCCAUGAUAUUGAAGCGAAGUAUUAUGCCGAUGGCGAAGAUGCUUAUGAUAUGAGGAAGCAGCUUAAAGGGAAGCAAAUCCAUGGGACUGGACAUCACCAUCACCACCACCACCACCAUCACCAUCAUCACCACCAUGGGCAUGGGCACGGGCAUCAGCAUGGUGGUGGGUGUUGUUCUGGUGGUGAUACUGGGAAUGUUGCUGAGGCAAAAGCAGAGUCUAAGGGAAAUGCAUCGAAAGUGGACUCCUCAAAGCUUAAUGAGAAAGCUGGAUGAGGUAGUAUGGUGUCAUAAUCAGGUAACAUUCCACUAUUUCUUUGGAGGACAGUGGAGUGGAGUGAAUUGGAGUGGCAAAGAGUGUUAUGUGGUGGUGGAAACUUCCAUGUGUAUGUUUUAGUGCAAGAGGGGAUUCGAGCAUUCAAACUGAAAGGAAAGAAAAUGGUAUCUUUUACCCUUAGGUUGGCUUUAAACUUCUGUACAUUUAUAUUGUGACCGAAACGUAUGUUUUAGGUGUGAAGUUAGUUAAAAGUCCAUCAAAUUUCUUAUUGAGGGAAGUGGGAACUCUUUUGUGCCUCAUCACACAUCCUCUAAAGAUAAGAAAAUUUUGAAUUAUUUGUCUUCAAAAUAAA